CCGGUGCAGCCCCGCUCCGCCCGGGCCCGGCCCGCAGCCGGCCCAGCAUGCCGGGGCGGCCCGCUCCGCACCGCCCGCACUCACGCUCCCCCCUGCGCGGCCGGCCCCUGGCCCCGGCGCUGCCUCCCCCACGCCGCCGAGCCCCAGCGGGAACGUGACCACAGCUCGCCGCCUGCCCGCCCGCGCGGCCGCGGAGCUGUCCGCCAUGGAGGCUCCCUAUGAUGGCGCUGAGGUAACUGUGGUGAUGGAGGAGAUAGAGAGCACUUACACUUACACCUCACCGGUGCCAUCCAAGAAGAAGAAGAAACACAAAAGUACUGGUGAUCCUGGAGAAAAAGCCAAGAAGCCUCGAUCUGCUUACCUUCUCUACUAUUAUGAUAUUUACUUGAAAGUACAACAAGAGCUUCCACACCUCCCUCAAUCUGAAAUCAACAAAAAGAUCAGUGAGAGCUGGAGGUUGCUCAGUGUGGCUGAAAAGAGCUACUACUUGGAGAAAGCCAAGCUAGAGAAAGAGGGGCUGGACCCGAACUCCAAGUCAUCCACUCGAACUGCAGUAGUCCCUGACAUUCCAGGCUUCCGUAAGAUUCUUCCUCGCUCCGAUUAUAUAAUUAUUCCCAAAACCACUCUUCAAGAAGACAGGAGCAGGCAGUCUCUGGAGCUGUGUGUGACGCAGAGCCCGGCAGCAUCCGAAGGCCUGGCAGCUCCCAGGAAUGUCACCGGCGUGCCCCGUGACGCCGUGCAGAACGUCCUUUCCGUGGACUCGGGCCAGGCCGGCGGCUCGGAGCCCUGCAUUGCCAUCGAGGGGCUGGCAGAGGACACGGCAGCCUUUGCCCAGCCCGAGGCUGCAGAUGAAGCAGUUACCUCAGAGGUUCUCUCUCAUUAUGUUGGGCCUGUGGCAGAGAAAGUGGCUGGAGAGAUCCUCUUGGAUGAGGCUUCUUUGGAAAUAGAAGGACAACCAUACCAGACAGCCCAGGUGGUUAUUGAGGAGACCCUGGUUAGCAGCUCCACAGACAUCUCCAACGGGGGCAUCGCUGUGGCCCGUCCCCAGGUGCCCGAUGGGGUGUCUGUGGUCACUGUGGUGACUGGGAGGGAUACUGAAGAGAGUAGCUCCUCCACACCUGCAACACAGUUUAUCAUGUUACCUUUGCCAGCUCAUUCUGUUGUGGAGAACCCAGCAUCAAUUAAAUUGACAACCACCUAUACUCGCAGGGGACAUGGAAAUUGCACCAAUCCUGGCUGUUCCUUCACUUAUGUCACCAGGCAUAAGCCACCAAAAUGCCCAACGUGUGGGAACUUCCUGGGAGGGAAAUGGAUCCCAAAGGAAAAGCAACCAAAAAGCAAAUCUGAGCCAAAUUCAGGCACCUCUCUUAAAACUCCAGCAGCUAAAAGAGGUCAGCAGUCAGCCCUCACAGAACCCACGGCCGUUAGCAAGAGCUCCUCCAAGUCUGCCUUGGAGAGCUCUGAAGCUGUCAGCCAGCUGCUGAAUGCUGUGCCUGUCGGAGGGCAGAUGCCUGAGAUGGAGUGGGAGGAAGUGAUCAUCUCUGAGGGCCACUUUCUCCCAAAUAAUGUGCUUGCUGAAGACAGGAGAAAUGCUGUUGGAGUGGAGCUGGGCCAAGAGAGCCAGCGGCAAGCAGACACCUCUUCGGAGCAGGCAGAGAAAGGAAGUGUAGGGCUGGGGAUGUCGACGUCUUCUGAGGUUUUGAGUCCAAAUGCCUCUGUGAAAAAGCCAGUGGUGGGAACUGAUGCAACAGCUGCUACACACAAGGGACAAGAAGUAAAGAGUAAACCAAGACCCAAGCCCUCCUUGCUGGCUGCAGCCAGACCCAUGCGAGCCAUUCUGCCUGCUCCAAUCCGUGUGAGGAGAGAAGCCCGUACAGAGCAGCUGAGCAGCAGGCAGGCCUUUGCAAGUACUGACAAGCAUUCCCCUGUGAGAACAUCAGGCUUGAAACCCAGUACACUGAAACAAUUGGGCCAGCCAGUUCUGCAGCCACCAACUGCUGAGGAGCAAAAGCUCCACAGUUCUGUGACAAGCAGGGCAUCUCAGGUUAAAGUUGAAGAGGUCAAACCAGACAUAUUCCCUUCCUACAAGUACAGUUGCACUGUAACUUUGGAUUUGGGAUUAGCAACAUCACGUGGCAGAGGGAAAUGCAAGAACCCCUCCUGCAGCUAUGUGUAUACAAACAGGCACAAGCCACGCGUCUGUCCAAGCUGUGGAUACAACCUUGCCAAAGACAGGACUGAGAAGACAGCAAAAUCCUUGGAGGUCAGUCCAGGCCAGCCGGACGUGCUGAACACCAGCGAGCCCCUGACGCCGUCCCAGAAGGAAACGCAGCGUCAGUCCACGCUGCAGCUGCUGCGCAAGGUGAUGCAGAUCCCCGAGAACGAGUCGGAGCUGGCAGAGAUCUUCACCCUGAUCCACGAGCUCAACAGCUCCCGGCUCAUCCUGUCCAACGUGAGCGAGGAGACAGUGACCAUCGAGCAGACCUCCUGGUCCAACUACUACGAGUCCCCAUGUGUGCAGUGCCUCCUCUGUAACAGCCCCUUGUUCAAAGGGGGACGGAAUUCCCUUGCUGGUCCUCAGGAAUGCUGGCUGCUGACAGCCAAUCGGUUACAGGUGGUUACAGCUCAGGUCAAAGUGUGCUUGAACCUGCAGUGUUUGGCCCUCCAUAGCUUCACUGACAUUUACACAGGCCUUUUCAAUGUGGGUAACAAAUUGUUAGUGAGCUUGGAUCUUCUGUUUGCAAUCCGAAACCACAUUAAACUUGGAGAGGAUCCCAGAGUGGCUGUUGGCAAUAUCAUUGACUCUGUUCAGGAGCAAACUGACAAAAGCCUGAGUCCUGAUGAGCAGGGUCAGCUCCAGGAACUGCUGUGCAAUGGCUACUGGGCUUUUGAAUGCCUGACAGUCCGGGAUUACAAUGAUAUGAUCUGUGGAAUCUGUGGCAUAACCCCCAAGGUGGAAAUAGCCCAGAGGAAUAUGGAAAAUGUCCUAGCACUGAAAAAUAUAGAGUUUACUUGGCCAGAAUACUUGCCAUCAAGUGAAGUGAAUGUAGAAGACUUUUGGUCCACAAUGGAGACAGAGGUGAUUGAGCAGGUGGCUUUUCCUUCUAGUAUCCCCAUCACAAAGUUUGAUGCCUCUAUUGUUGCUCCUUUCUUCCCUCCACUGAUGAGAGGAGCAGUGGUGAUCAAUACAGAAAAGGACAAGAACCUGCAUACACAGCCAGUGCCAGGUAAUGGGAGUGCCUUGGUGAGGCUCCUUCAGGAAGAAGUCUUCAGGCCUGAGCUGAUAAACUUUUACAGUGAGGAAGAGCUGCAGAGUUUUCUGACACAGUGUGGCAUCCCCUGGGAAGCAUCGCAUACAAAGGACGAGCUCUGCUACUCCCUCCUUGCUCUCUAUGAGUUUGUACAGAAUGGGACAAGCAUUACACCACCUUCUGCUCAUCACACAGGAGGGAAAAUCUACAAAGUGUGUCCACAUCAGGUUGUGUGUGGCUCAAAGUACAUAGUAAGAGGAGAAAAUGCUCGGGAUCACGUGGACUUGUUGGUAUCCUCACGUCAUUGGCCUCCAGUGUAUGUUGUUGAUUCAGCCUCUUCAGUGGCGCUAUGUGCAGACCUCUGCUGGCCUGGCCUGACUUCCCAGAUGUGGGGGAAGAACCAGGGCUGCUUCUCUGACCCCAUGGAACCUCCAACGUACGUGUCCUGCCCUGAGCUGCUGGACCAGCACUACAGCGUAGACGUGACGGUGGCUGAGCACUCCCUCCAGCACCCCAUCACCAAGUCCUCGGCGCGCCGGAUCGUGCACGCGGGCUCGGAGCAGAGCAGCCCCUGGGACCCCACGGCGCGGCACCGCUGCAUCUCCCUGUGCCGCGAGCUGGAGCCGUACGGAGCCAUCGCCGCCGCCAUCAGCGACAGCAAAACCAGCAACGUGCGCCAGCGGCCCAUCACCUUCGAGAACCCCAUGCACUAUUACCUCUACAACCGCCUCAUGGACUUCCUCACCAGCAGGGAAAUCGUGAACAGGCAGAUCCAGGAGAUCGUGCAGAGCUGCCAGCCCGGGGAGGUGGUGAUCCGUGAUGCGCUCUACCGGCUCGGGGUGGCCCAGAUCAAAACAGAAAUGGAAGAGGAUGAGGAGGGGAAGCAGGAGGAGGAUAGAGGUUGCUGAGUAGCAAAACAGCUUGUUGGGUUUUCUCUCUGGUCGUGUGGAUGGGUGGGCUGAGCCAGCUUUUGCCGCUGUCUGGCUUGAGAGUUUAUUUUUUAUUUUAUCGACCUCCACAGGUUGGAGAUGUGAUGCUGGUGGCUUUGACUGCUGUUACUGACCAAAGAGCUCUGUGCUUCCAUAGCAUCGUGAUAGCUGCUGCGAGCAUGGGUCUGUCACCCCCUUGCAGAAGGCUGCAACUGCCUGCAAGGCAUGUGAUGCACCUGCUGUUCAGGGCUGUGGGAUGUUGCCCUCCCUGCAGCUGGAGAGGGGAGAGGAGUUGUUGGUAGCAGGGAGUGUGCGUGGUCAAGCACACACAGGUUUUUUAAUUCUGAAUCUUGCUUGCUGACUUCUUUGUGCUUAUUGGUGGCAGGGCUGGGGGUGUGGGACCAGGCAAAAAUGGUAGAUGGCUACAACAAUUUCCCCCAAAACAUUCUGAAUAGGUGAAUUUAGGAUACUGACUCCUGCUUGGUAAACUUGCAGAGCUCUCAGGCAUUGGCUGCAGGGAGUCUUGAGGAGGAGGAGCUGCUUUAACAUGCUGUAUCUGGGGAGCCUCCCUGGAGGCUGCACUCCUGGUCCAGGAUUGUCGGUGCUUUGGCUUCAGGGAGUUUCUAGAACUGUUUGUCCCUUUACAUGAGCACUAAUAACUUAGAAGCCAGAAGGUACAGUGAGAGGAGUGUGUUCUGUAUGGUAAGGUAAGAACUGUGCCCCAGGGCAGCUGAGGGGUUGGAGGAUGAUUUAAGUGCUGUGCAAAGGGUGGCUGUGGAGAGGGGAGGGACACUCAAACACUGUCUGUGGGAUCAAGGAGGAAUGAUGUAUGCAGUACCACCAGAGUGAGCAGGGUUCUGUAUUCCACCCUCAUGGACAUGCUGGGAGAGCUGCAUCGACGUGUGCAAUCUCAUCACUUUGUCAGGUGUCACACCUGCCCUGCCCAUGUUCUCACAGCUCUCUGGGGGUUAUAGAGGAGUCUCCUGCUGCCCAGGUUGCUUUGUCAGCCCCUUGAGAGGAGUCAGGAUGAGACCUCUGCCUCUGCAGCACACCUGAAGAACACCUGGGGCUGUGGGUGCAAAGCUGAGCUGUCAUUGCUGCAGCUCCCUUUGCCCAUGGCUGGUGGUGAAGGUGUUUGGUGUCUGCUGUGACCUGCAGAGGAGACAAGCAGGAUGCCAGACUGCUAAGUUGCCAUCUUGGGAAUUUAUUUUGUCUGAGUGAGCAGUGGGGAAGAUUCUGAGGCUUGCGGUGUGGUUGAAAACUCCCUUCUGUGAAGGGGAAACUAUUGAGUACCGUACUGUUAAAGUAAAUGUAUUAAGUCUGAGCAAAUGCAGUAAUCAUGGCUUGGGGUUUUUCUGUUAAGAACAUUAACUUAUUAUAAGAGACAUUAGUGACUUUUUUCAGUCAGUGAUAAAGUUUAAUAAAUUAUCUCCAAUUUUGGGGGUGAAACUGUG